AUGGACGCCUACGGUGGAAAUGACGAGGAGAGUGCCGAGCUGCGAAAGCUCCUUGCAGAGGUGAAUGAUGAUCCAGACAACUUUGAAAUAUGGGAGAAGUUGGUACGCGCAGGAGAGUCGCUCGAGGGCGGAAUCAACAGAAACUCAAGUUCACAAGCGAUUACCACGAUCAGAAACAUAUAUGAUCGUCUCCUCGCCAAAUUUCCGCUGUUCUUUGGCUACUGGAAGAAAUAUGCCGACAUGGAGUUUGCCAUAGCCGGGACCGAAGCCGCCGAGAUGGUCUAUGAACGAGGUGUUGCAAGCAUCACAAACUCGGUCGACUUAUGGACCAACUACUGCGCCUUCAAAUCCGAGACCUGCCACGACGCCGACGUCAUCCGAGAGCUCUUUGAGCGAGGCGCCGUUUACGUAGGCCUCGACUUCCUCGCCCACCCGUUCUGGGACAAAUACAUCGAGUUCGAAGAGCGUCUGGAGUCGUUUGAUCGAAUCUUUGCGAUUCUCGCCAGAAUUAUCAGCAUUCCGAUGCAUCAGUAUGCGAGGUACUUUGAAAAGUACCGGCAAAUGGCUCAAACAAGACCACUGACUGCCAUCGUGCCUCCCGGGACUCUCACUCAGUUACAGAUGGAUCUCGAGAAUGAAGGUCUCGGAUACAAAGCCGGUCUCAGUCAGACAGAAGUGGAACGCGAGCUGCGGGUACGGAUCGACGCUUACCAUCUCGAACUGUUCAGGGUGACACAGACCGAGACGACGAAGCGAUGGACCUACGAGGCUGAAAUCAAGCGACCCUAUUUCCAUGUGACAGACUUGGAUGAAGCCCAAUUGGCGAAUUGGCGCAAGUACCUCGACUUUGAGGAGAGUGAAGGCGAUUAUACGCGCAUCCAGUUCUUGUACGAGCGGUGCCUGGUAACCUGUGCCCAAUACGAGGAGUUUUGGUUGAGGUAUGCUAGGUGGAUGCUUGGCCAACCGGGCAAGGAAGAGGAAGUCCGAAACAUCUACCAGCGGGCAGCUUGCAUUUUUGUUCCCAUCGCUCUUCCAACCGUCAGACUUCAAUAUGCCUACUUUGAAGAGAUGACCGGACGAGUUGAUGUGGCCAAGGAUAUUCACGAGGCUAUUCUCGUUCAACUGCCCGGACACGUCGAAACCAUUGUCUCUCUUGCGAACACCACUCGCCGUCAUUCUGGACUCGAUGCUGCCCUGGCCGUCUACCAGAGUCACAUUGACGCCCCCACAAUCGAUCUUUCAGCCAAAGCCGCUCUCGUGGCGGAAUGGGCAGGUUUGUUGUGGAAGGUGAAAGGCGCACCGGAAGAAGCUCGACAAGUGUUCCAAAAGAACCAACAUUGGUAUCUCGACAGCCCGGCUUUCUGGACCAACUAUCUUCGUUUCGAGAUUGAACAGCCCACAACAGCCGACACGGAACAAGCACACCACGACCGAAUUAGACGCGUGGUCGAUGAGAUCCUUACGAAGAGCCGUCUCGGCGAGUCCACUGUUCAGCAGCUCGUUACCACAUACAUGAAAUACUUGUUGGAGAAGGGCACCAAGGACGCCGCCAAAGAGUACAUGACCCUUGAUCGGGAGAUCAACGGACCCAUCUCCGUUCAAAAGUUGCCCAAAGCACUCACAGAUCCCAGCAAGGGCAUUGUAGGAGUUGUUAAUGGUCAGCCUCCGCCGAUCCGGUACGCAUAA